AUGAAAGAUUCGAAAGAACAAAAAGUAGAAAAAAAUAAAAGAAAAGAUAGAAUAAAGAAAGGAAAAAAAGAACGAAAAAGUACAAAAGAUGAAGCAAAUAAAGAAACAAAAGAACGAAAA